CAGCCGUUAUUGCCAUCGAUUGGUAUUUUAUUAACGAAAACUGUCUCGCAACAUAGAUGGUAGGCUGAUCCAAUACUCAGAAAUUGCCGGGACUGUACUGCUCCCUGUUGGUCUCAGAGAUAGGCUUGCUAUUGUAAAUUGCUUUUGGACGGAUCGGACUUCGUGGAUCCAGGACGUGAUUGCAUAGAAAGUUUUCCAUUUCAACCCAUCUGUCUGACAAUAUGGCUGAGUUGUCGAACUUUCAGGAGAACAAGAUUUCAAAGCUGUUUACGAUGCUUUAUGACAGCAAUAAUGAUGGGGUGAUUGAAAAGCGGGACUUUGAUAUCUACCUUCAAAAAGUCAGCCAAGUCCUUGGUUGGAAAAGUGACAGUGAGAAGUACCUUAAGGCACAGGAAACCUUAAACACGGUCUGGGAUGGAUUGAAGGAAUAUGCUGAUACUGACAAGGACGCCAAGAUCACGCUAGAGGAAUGGCUGAGAAUGUGGCGGGACUGUCUCAAGGACAUUGAGGCUGGCGAGUUCCCAGCCUGGCAGAAGAAGUACAUGGACCUCAUGUUUGAUGUCAAUGAUAUGUCAGGGGAUGAGUUGAUCGACAUGGAGGAGUACAAAACCUUCCUCACUCAGUUUGGAGUCUCGCAGGAUGAAUGCAGUGUCGCAUUCAGUAAAAUCUCUGGCGGAAGUGACAUAACGCGGGAGCAAUUUGCCAGUCUAUGGCGCGGUUAUUUAACUUCCAACGAUAAAGAAGCUGCUGCAAACUUCCUUUUUGGGACCAAUCAAUAGGUCUUCUUUUGUGUGUAUAAUUUAUUCAUUCAUGAAGGACAUUAUUUUAGGCUAGAUGGUUUUCAAGUUGGGUAAGCGGAUUUGAUUUAAUAAACAUACGAAAUGAAUACUUGUGAACUAUUGCUGGUAUUUGAUAGCAGAAGAAACCCAUAAGCUAUAUUUAGAACGGAUGCAUGACAUAGCGAAAAGGGCAUGUGAUAAAACGGUCUCAUAAUGACAUAAAGCUGUUUUAUAGUCACGUGAUUAAAUAAUUAUUUUAUACGCCUACUGGGCAUUUAAAUUAAUUUUAAGGUAUCAAGCGUUCAAUAGUGUGAAUUUGUUAUGACUUGUGAUCCAAUAUUGAUUUUGGAAUUAUUUUUUCGGACUAAUGAGUAGAAAAAUAAAAAAUGUUAAAUAAUUACCUAAAACAUAUUGGAAACCUUCUUUAUGGUCUUGAAAAAAAAUAACCAUUUCAAUUCCGAUUUUACUUAAAAUAAAGAAUAUAAUUUAAACUGCAAUGACUUAUAAAUAAUGGCUUUCCGCCGGAUAUUAUUUUCAUUAAAUGAAAUCAUGAAAUAUAAAAAGAAAUAGCAAACUCGGACCGAUUUGGUAGGUCUUAUAUUCGGUCAUAUGUUGACUACUCUUAAAAUUGAUAUCUAUGAUGUAACAGUUUGAAAAAUAAAUGGAAAACAAAUAAAUCGCUUACCCUUCUUAGAAUGUUUUCUUUUAAUAUAUUUAAAACAGUUGAAGGAGAAUAUUUUUCACUUUAGAAUACAGACUCAUGUUUAUAUCUCUUUGCUCAGACUUUUCCGCAUAUAUUGCACUGAAUGUUAUAUAUCGUUUUUAAGUAAGGUUGAUGUUGUUUUUGCAUUUGAUAAGUGCUCGCUGUUUUUCUGGCAACGUUGUUGUCACUGACACCGGAUUUUCAAACUUUAUUAUUUUUUAAAAAAUCAAAAAAAAAUCUUAUAAUUCCUUACUAAAAAUUAUCAUACCGAAUAGGUGAAAAAAUAUUAAAAAAACAUUUUUUUUUAAACAUGCACUUUGUACGGUAAAAGUUAGGAUAUUAUACAGUGCAUAUUUAAAAAAACACAAAGAAAAACAUUAUUUUUUUCACAUAAUCGAUAUUAUAAUUUUUAUAAGUUUUUUUGAUUUUUAAAAAAAAUGAUUGAGUUUGAAAAUCCGGUGCCAGUGGUUGUUGUAUAUUGUAGCUUCUUUUCCUUCAAUAAAAGCGUUGUACCUUGA